GAAUCGGCUUUUCUCUUCCUCCUUUGUCUGCUGGAUGUCUGUAAAAAUGUCCGGGUUUGACCAUAGUUCAGAUUUUCCCAUGGAGGUCAAGCAGCUGUUAGUGCAUGAUGAAGAGGUUCUCUGUGAGCAGCAGGAGCAGAGCUCCGGUCAGAACCAGGUGGUUAGCAUCAAAGAGGAACCAGAAGAACUGUGGAGCAGUCAGGAGGGAGAGCAGCUUCAAGGGUCAGGUCCGGCUGGUAUCAGCAUGUUCACUUUUGUUCCCAUCCCUGUUAAGAGUGAAUAUGAAGAGAACCCUCAGUUUUCACUGCAUCAUCACAGACAGAGUGCACAAAUGGAAACAGGAGCUGAUGAAGAGAACAGUGAAGGAGCAGAGGCAACCAGGUAUUUUAAUCUAGAGAGAGACUUCAAAGCAGAGGCAGAGGUCAAGACUGAAGAUUGUUCUGAAGCCGAGACUGAUGACAGUUCUGAUUGGAAUGAGACGCCAGAAGACCAGUCUGGUUUGAACUCAGUGGAAAACAUCAAGGCAUCAGAGUGUCAGGAAAAUGACGUAGAGGAGAAAACGGAGAUAAAGCUAGGAUUAAAACAAGAAGACUGUGGAGGAUCAGAACAAGCUAGAAUCUCAGAUUCAAAUAGCAGAGCACAACCACUGACUGAAGGGAAUCCUUCACCUUGUGUUGAUGAUUUGACAGAGACACACGAACAGCAGGCAGCUUUAGAUUUUAUGGAAAAUGUUGAAAAUAAAAGAAUUGAUAGUUGUAAGAAAUUGCAUAGCUGCCCUGAGUGCAGCAAAAGAUUUACCAGCAAACAUAGUCUUGCAGGACAUAUGAGAAUUCACCCAGGAAAGGGACAUUUCAACUGCUCAGAGUGUGAUUUAGUAUUUAGAGGAAAAGAAAGUAUGAGCGUACAUAUGACAGUCCACAAAGUAGAGAAACCCUUCAGCUGCUCAGAGUGUAAUAAAGUAUUUGCUGGAAAUGCAAGUAUGACUGAACAUAUGAGAAUACACACAGGAGAGAAACCCUUCAGCUGCCCAGAGUGUGAUAGAAAAUUUCGCUUAAAAAGAAUUCUGGCAAUACAUAUGAGGACUCACACAGGAGUGAAACCUUUCAGCUGCUCUGAGUGUAACAGAAAAUUUCGCUUGAAAAGUAGUCUGGCAAUACAUAUGAGAAUACACACAGGAGAGAAACCCUUCAGCUGCUCUGAAUGUGGUAAACAAUUUCGACAAAAAGGAACUAUGACUGUACAUAUGAGAACUCACUCAGGAGUGAAACCCUUCAGCUGCUCAGAGUGUAAUAAAGUAUUUACUGGAAAAGCAAGUAUGACUGAACAUAUGAGAACGCACACGGGAGAGAAACCCUUCAGCUGCUCAGAGUGUGAUAGAAAAUUUCACAUUAAAAGUAGUCUGGCAAUACAUAUGAGAAUACACACAGGUGAGAAACCCUUUGCCUGCUCUAAAUGUGGUAAACAAUUUCGAGAGAAAGGGAAUAUGACUAAACACAUGAGAAGUCACUCACACUUAAGCUGCUCUGAGUGUGGCGGAAAAUUCAGUGACAGAAGGAGUUUGACUGCACACAUGUGUAGUCACAAAGGGGAGAAACCCUUCAGCUGUCUUGAGUGUGAUAGAAAAUUUAGUCAAAAAGGACAUUUGACUGUCCAUAUGAGAAUUCAUGAAGGGGAGAAACCCUUCAGCUGCUACGAGUGUGAUAAAAGAUUUUUCCUCAAAGAUACUCUGAAACAACAUAUGAAAACUCACACCAUAGAGAAUCCCUCUAGCUGCCCUUAAACAGUAAAAUGCUAUAUCCAUGUGUUGUAUUUCAAUUUUGAUAUGGAACAUGAAGGUGGUGCAAUAAUUGUAAUGUUAGUGACUAAAAGUUUGCUUGGCUUUAUCAGUUUGGGUAUCGCAGGUGUGGUGGUGGUCAUGCUUCAGAGACUCUUCAAAAACAAACUGAGGAGAAACGAGGCAGAAACAAGAGCAGGUGAAGAGAAUUCUGGAGGACAAGAAGCAGCAAGGAACUCAGACCCAGAGAGACAUUCGUAACCAGAACCCAAGGUCAAGACUGAACUCUUUUCUGAACCUGAGUACAAAGACGAUGAUUAUUGGAAAUCUACUUGGGUUUCUUUUUUUUCAGACAAUUUAUUGUAAGAGAUGUUUUUUACCUAGACAUGUUUCGACUGUCAUCUGCAGUCUUCCUCAGAAGCGUCAGCUGCCGCUG